AUGAAUGAAUUUGAAGUGAAAAGUGAAGAUCAGAAUAAGUGUGAUGUGAUGUCUGGGGAACGCCUUUUCUACAAUAGGGUUCCCAAGUGUGGGAGCACUACACUCAUCACACUUCUCAGAAAACUAUCAAAACUCAAUGGAUUCAUACAUUUGAACUCAAAAAUAUACGACAAACGAAUGCUUGACAUUAAACAACAAAGUUUCGAAAAUUGUGUGAAGAGUAAAGACCCGGAAUGUGCCUAUAAUUACAACAAUUCGUUUGUCAUGUCUUUAGUGCCCUAUUUUUGCGGACAAAGUGACAAAUGCUUGCAAAUGGGAGACAAGUGGGCUCUUGAAGUGGCCAAACAUAACAUCGAGAAGUCGUAUCAAGUGAUAGGAGUACUCGAGCACAUGAAUAUCACAUUAAAUACUGUUAUAUCCGGACCACGAGAGCACAUAACCCCUCACCUCUUCGGCGGUCGCGUCCACCUGAGCCUCAAACGCAUCGCUUCUCAUCUCGUCGUCAAAGGGGAGUCUGACGGAGGCGUAGCCCUCGUCCACUAA